CGCCACGCUCGCUUCCUCCUCGCGGGCUCUUGUCUCUGCGCGGUCUACCUGCGUUGCACCGUCGCGCCGUCUGUCGCAUGUCGUCGCCAAGGCUUCGAGCGACGAAUCGAGCGACGGCAAGGCGACGACUCGCAGGGAGCUGAUGCUUCGCUCGUCGUCGGCCGCCAUGCUCGCCGCGCUCUUCCACUUCAGCGGCACGCGCCCGUCGUUCCUCGGCGUGACCCGCGACCCGCCCGCGCUGGCGCUGUGCCCCGCGUCGCCCAACUGCAUCUCCACGUCCGAGGAGAUCAACGACCCCGGCCACUACGUUCCCCCUUGGACGUACAACCCCGAGGAGGGGCGCGGCAGGAAGAACCCCGCCUCGCAGGAGCAGGCAAUGGAGGAGCUCGUUGCGGUGGUGACAGCCACCAAGCCCGAUGGCUUCACACCCACCAUCAUCACUCGCCGCCCCGACUACCUCUACGUGGAAUAUGAGAGCCCGCUCAUGGGGUACGUGGACGAUGUAGAGUUCUGGUUCCCCAAGGGCAGCCGCGCCCUGGUGGAGUACCGCAGUGCGUCCCGAAUGGGGGAGAGCGAUCUCGAUGCCAACCGCAAGCGCAUCAAGGCCCUGCGGGUGGAGCUGCAGAAGUAUGGCUGGGCUUCAGUGGGCUACUAA